CUGUUCCACUGGAGAAAGUUUUCAGGAGCUAACGCCACACUCAACAGCACUCAAGAAUAUGUCUGCUGAGCUUAUUUCCGUGUGUGAGCCGCAGGGGAAUACAGAUGUUCAUGGCACUUCAGUAGGGGGCAGCAAACCUCUGCACCGCUUCAUUCGAGGGCAGCCCAAGAUCGUUGGCACUGUCGUGCUGAUUUUCGGGUCGUCUUUCUUCAUCCUCUCCAUCUCCAUGGUGGAGGGCUAUUUUCACCAAAUGUGGAGAGCCAUCCCACCUGGCUUCUGGCUGGGAGCAAUGUACAUCAUAUGUGGGAUUGUAUAUAUUUUGACAGAGCACAGACCAACCAAGAAAACGGUGACUUUAUCUUUGGGUCUGAGCAUCGUGGCUGUGCUCGCAUCAUUUUGGGGAUCUGUUUUUAGCAUCCUUCCCGGCCUGAUCCACAGCGGCUUCUAUGACCUUUACAGUGAAUAUAACAACACAGACAAUGCGGAAAGUGACUGGUCAGCACAUUAUAUGGCCAUGGAAUUCAUUCUGGAAGCGAUCCUUGAGUUCUACAUCCUGGUGUGCAUAAUUAUCUUCAUCGUGAUGUCAUCACUGUCGGCGGCUGCACUGCGGUCCACCAAGAGCCAGGCCCUCAUGGUGAUGACCACCACGCCAACUGAAUGACGAGCGGGAAAAAGGAGGUGUGAGCUGUGAAGAGUGGAGCAACAGAAGAUGUUUGGAACUUACUAAUACAACAAAGUAUCUCUCUAUGAGCAUAGUAAAGUAUAUGUGAUUACUAUCCAGCUCUCAAUAACAUGUUGCUGUAAGAAUAUACAUUCCUAUUGAAAUAAUGUAAGUUGUCCUGUGGGGUUUCUGCGAAAAAGAAAUUUGCCAUUGUAGGACCACACAGCUCUCACUCACACAAAAAUUAAAAAGAGAAAAUAUACAAGAAUAUAACAAAAAAAGUUUUUAUUGUUGGUAAAAUAAAGGUACGUAUUUAAAAACUCGUAUAGCAUCGGGAUAAAAACUGUUCCUAAAUCAAAUUAAAUUUUAUUUUUAUAGUGCAUUUCAUACAACAGCUAUAACUCCAAGUGCUUUACAGAUAAUGAUCAGGACAACAAAACAGCAUAAAAACAAAUUUCUGCACUUGCUGGUGUGAAUUUUUUUUUUUUGCCUACCGUUCUGGGUGAUGAUCCCAGCAAUAGAGUCUUCUUGAAGCAAAGUGAUCAGGCAAUUGCCUAGGUGGCUGCUCGUCUACUAUUUUCUGGACCCUAUUGCAGCACCUGUUGGAGUAAAGGUCACCUGACAGUUCCAGUAAUUUUCUGCAUUGUCUUCACAAUCUUAGGAAUCAAUUUCUUUUAAUGUCCAUACCAUACCAAAACAAAAAAAAAAAAAAAAUCGCCUGUAUCCAGAAUCUUAUUAACCACUGACAAAGUAAAACUGCCAGUCCUCAUUUGUGGUUCUCUUCCUGUUGUUGUCAUCCAAAUUUUGUGGGAUGGUUAACUGAGUCUGUGCAUUCACCAAACCCAGAUGAGGGAUCAACCCCAAUUGCAGCGGCAGGACAACAAAGUUUACAUUCAAUUACAAUUUUAACUCAACUGCACUUAUUUGCAAAACAUUCCACUGCAGUAUAUUUGAAAACAAAAUCAAGAAAAGUGAAUAAUAUGGGACAUUUAAUGGGAGGACAGCAUAUUUACGUCCUGUGCUCUCUCAUCUUUGCAUCAAAUGGAAGAGGCGGGCGGCUUUUGAAGUUGCUCCCCGAGGGCAAAGCGCUGAUGUACACGCAUGUGCUCUGUGACACGGUACUGGCGUGAGAAGGUCAUAGGGCAGCGAGGGCAGGAGUAGGGCCGUACGCCAAGAUGGCUGCGCAUGUGUCUAUUCAGAGAGCCUCGCUGGCUGAAGGAGCGAUCGCACAGAGUGCACUGGUAUGGCUGAUGGACCAGGGCUGAUAAAUGGGCUGGCACACUCGAUGGCGUGCAGACUGACACAGCAGAGGGCAUGUUGACUGGCAAUGGGGAAGACAUAGAAGCUGUCAUGCCAUCUGGUGCACUAGGAGACACGCAGGCUGGCAGGCUGGUAGUCAUGCCUGCACCCUCAACUUUGGCUGGCUCCCCCCCAACCAGAGCUCCAGCCUGGUGUCCAGCCUUAGCUCCUGCACCGGGACCAAAUCCAGCAUCAAUCUCUGGUUUCCACUCUCUCUCGUUUCCUCUUCCUCCUCCCCCAGAUGACACCCUUCUCUCUUCAUCCCCAGCUCUGUGUGACACCAGCAGCUCAGUGGGCUUUGAGCUAAUGUCAAGCAGUACAACCCGGUUUCUGUGCCCUGGGCUACUACAUGUAGCAAUCCCUUCCUCAUCACUGAACUGGUCUGCGGGAUGGAGGUGGAAGGGGUGGCUGGGGUGGGAGUGUACGUGUGUGAGGUGUGUUAGCUCGUUGGACAGGCAGUGGUACUGGAGAUGUCCGCGGUAUGAGUGCCCCACAGGAUUAUAAGUAGGGUCGCAGGUGUUACUGACUGCAGGUGUUACACAAGAUGCAUCCGGCUGCACGAUCUCAGCAUCCGAGAUGUUUUCAAACUCCAUGGAUGGAUGGGGUUCAGGAAGCGCCUUUUCUCUUUCUGGUUGGUCAGAGGCAGAGAAACUGUCCAUUGCAUCAUCCAAACGUGAUUCAGGUGUGGCGGAGGCAGGCACACACACAUCAGUGUGGUCUUCACUGUCUGUGAAAGCAGCAGGUGGACCACGGGCAGCGUCUCUGUCGUCUGUGCUGGCUUUAUGCAGGCUGGAGUGACUGUCAGCUCUGCGUGCGUCUGUUCUAUUUCUGUCAGCUCUAUGCAGGCUUGAGUAGCUCUUAUUUGUUUCGAUGUUAAGUCCGCGGGGGUUACCACUGUCUGAUCUAUCCAUCUGAGCUGCACACCUGAGUGAGUGAUCAUCUUCCUUCUCAUUUCCCCCUCUGCAACACCGAUCACCAUGGAGAGAGCUACUCCCUGCGUCUGAGCGCCUAACAGGAAGUGAGGUUUCAGCUUUCCGUGUCACUAACCUCUGAUCCAGGCAGGUAAUCGCCCGCUCCUCCUCUGCCGUUGCUAUGGAAACAUCCUGGCAAUCAGAGCAGUCCACUUGCUGUUGUUUUGAGGGGCAUCCAUCAAAAUCAAGAUCAGAUCUGUAAUCCACACCACUGGGGAAAUCCUGACUCUGUGAUAUUCCGUCAUCUCUCGAAUGUUUUGUGCCAGUGUCACUGUGUAAUGAUUCACAGCGAGCAAGGUGGGCUUUGUAAUCUGCCAUCUGUGAUAAUCCAUCGUCCAUACAGUCAUUUUCGUCAUUGUGUAUUCCAAAAUGUCCUGUGAUGCAGCCUGUGUAAUCCUGUUUCAGCAUUUUGUAUUGAUCUGCACCAGGUGUGUAACAUGUAUUCUCUCUUCUACAAUGAUCCAAGCGGUCGUUGUUAGUCCAUUUCUGUAUUCCACUACUUUUUGGAUUGUUGUGAAUAUAAUCCCAACUGUGUACUCCAACCGAGUCUUUGUUGUCGUUUCUGUAACC